AUGGAGACGAACCUGCAGCUGGGCAGCCAGCGCAAGGGCAUGAAGCUCGCCUUCAAGCAGUACUUCGCGCAGGACUUCGAGGCGUGCAAGCUCCUCGUGAAGCUGGCGGGCAGCCUCGAGUCUGCCACCGAUGACUAUCCCGUGCUCCGGGGCCACGGCGAGGCGCGGCUGGGGCGGAAGAUCGGCCGCUCGGGCAUCAACCUCGACGUCGGCGCGGGGUACCGGCCGAACACGCGGGCGCAAGCGGAGGACACGACGGUGUUCGUGGGCGCGCAACGGCGACAGCGGCUGCCGGCGGACGUGGACAACCUGUUCGGGAAGCUGCGCGGCCGCGUGACGUACAGCGCGACGAAGCAGCGGCUGUUCGCCGUGGGCACGGCAGAGCUCUCGAAGACGGUGUACAACUUCAAGAGCGGGCAGGACCUGCGCCUGAAGGCCGGCGUGAGCUUCGCGAGCACCGGCACCGUGCGCGGGCGCGGCGGCGACGCGUCGCUGCACUGGUCCCCCGUCGACGUCACGUACCACGCCAAGGCGCGCGAGAACAACUGGUCGCUCGAAAUGAACCACGGAACGAGGUGGUCGUGGGAAGUCAAGUACCACCUGUGA